AUGAUACAGGCACGUGGAAGGUGGAGACACGGAACUAGACCUACCAUGCCACCCUUUCAGCCGAGUCAGCAUCCGCAUCGCCGGUGGAAUCCGCUGCUGCAAACCUUCGUGCUAUGCUCACCGCACAGGACGCAGCGGCCAUGGCAAGGCGCACAGGAAUCGGCAGACCUGCCACCUUUGCCCGUGUAUCUCGACACGUGCUACUUGUGCCCCGGCAACACGCGCGCAACAGGGGCCCACAACGACCCGUACACCCAGACGUUUGUGUUUGAAAACGACUUUGCCGCCCUCAAGGAUGUACACGUCGAGGCACAAGACACCGACACCCACUUCGGCCUCUUCCGCAUGGCGCCCGCGCGGGGCAAGUGCUAUGUCGUGUGCUUUCACCCGCACCACAACCUCACCCUAGCACAAAUGACAACGGCGCCGUACAGUGCCGAGUCCCACAUCAUCCCUAUUAUACAUACGUGGCGCGAUAUGUACAUGCGCAUCACUGCUGAAAACCCUUUUGUUCAGUACAUCCAAGUCUUUGAGAACAAAGGCAGCGCCAUGGGAUGCAGCAAUCCACAUCCUCACGGCCAAAUCUGGGCACUCGAUUACGUGCCCAGCGAGCCUAUGAAGGUCAUGAAAAGCAUGUAUGACUUUAGCGCCGAUCCAGCCAACGAACAUGCACCAGGCCCUCGCCACCCUCACGGGCGCCCACAUCUCCUCCUGGCGUACGCGCACAUGGAACUCCACGCCCCAGGAAGACCACGUAUCGUAACUCUCAACGACGAUUUCGUCGCUCUCGUGCCGUUUUGGGCUGUAUGGCCUUUUGAAAUCAUGGUGCUGCCGUACAAGCGCUUUCUCGGGUCCCUCCAAGACUUGACCGAUGCCGAAAUAGCGUCCCUGGCACACAUCUUGGGCGAAGUUACUUGCCGUUACGACAACCUCUUCCGGACAUCUUUUCCAUACUCCAUGGGCAUCCAUCAAAAGCCUGUCUCACAUGCACAAGAUUCAUUGGCCUUGUAUGCCCUGUUCCAUAUCCACUUUUAUCCACCCCUCCUCCGCAGUGCCACCGUACGGAAAUUCCUUGUUGGGUUUGAAAUGAUGGCAGAGCCACAGCGAGAUAUCACCGCGGAGAGUGCAGCAGAAAGACUACGAGCAUGCGAUACGACACACUACCUCUCCAGUGACGCGCGUACAUAA